GGGCUGAGUCUAGCAGGAGGGUUUAACUUGUGUGAAUGUAUUGUUGUAAACAUAUUAGGUGGGAGAGCUGCAGGGGUUGUCUGGGUUUGUUAUUCUGAAUACUGAAUACCAGUCCAGGAUUAUUUAAGAGUUUUCAUUUUUAUAUAUAGGUGCAUAUAUAUACAUACAUACAUUUAAAAAAAAAAAAAAAAACUAUAUAGAUAUAUUUUUUUAAGAAGAUUUUUUUCAUCUGUUCCCUACAAGAGAUGGAGACAAUGGCGAGACCGAUCUCUGUAAACCGAACUUUCUUACCUCUGACGCACGGGGUUCUGAAAUCGUUGCUGGAGAAUCCUCUCAAACUGUCCCUGCACCACGAAGAAGGCUUUUGGAAGGAGAAGGAGAAGGAGUUGAAAUUGGAAGAUGACGGUUCUGGCAGCAAUAUGCCGCAGUCUGCUUUCUUGGGUCCCACGCUGUGGGAUAAGACCCUGCCUUACGAUGGGGACUGCUUUCAGCUGGAAUACAUGGACCUUGAGGAGUUUCUCUCGGAAAACGGGAUCCCGUCCGGCCCCAGCCAGCACAACCAGCACCAGCACCAGCAGCCCGCCCUGCCACUGGCACCCGCACCCCCUCCCACCCCCUCCGUCAUGGACCUCAGCAAUCAGGCGUCCACUUCCGUUCACCAGGCCAUGGGCAACCAGAACUGCAUGCACAGCCCAGGCAGAGCAGUCCUGCCCUCGGCUCGUAACACUCCCAGCCCAGUUGACCCCGACAGCAUUCAGGUGCCCGUGGGCUACGAGCCGGACCCCUCGGACCUGGCCCUCUCCAGCGUCCCGGGACAGGAGGUGUUCGACCCGCGCAAGCGCAAGUUCUCAGAUGAGGAGCUCAAACCGCAGCCCAUGAUCAAGAAGGCGCGCAAGAUCUUCAUUUCUGACGAGAUGAAGCAGGACGACAAAUACUGGGCAAGGCGCAGAAAGAACAACAUGGCGGCCAAGAGGUCGCGCGACGCCCGGAGGCUGAAGGAGAACCAGAUCGCCAUCCGCGCCGGCUUUCUGGAGAAGGAGAACUCAGCGCUGCGGCAGGAGGUGGCAGAGCUGAGGAAAGAGCUGGGCCGCUGCAAGAACGUCCUGUCCAAAUACGAGGCGAGGCACGGCCCCGUGUGAGAGCUUCCUGCCCAAAAUCAGUAGCGCCACCCCAAAACAAACCCGUUGCCUGGCACUCUUACAAAAGAAGAACAAUUCAAAGCCCUGUUUUGGUUUUUUUCUGCAUUUUCACCACCCUUAUAUGUUAAAAGGAUGCCAGUUUGCUUUCUGUUUUUACCUGAACUGAGAACCAUCAGUAGCAAUUCUUUCCACUUCUCAUUCCUGAUCUGUUCUUUCCAGUCUUAAGGGUACACCUCCUUGUAUAUGUUAAGUGCACAAGACCUUUGGGGUUUCAGUGAUUAGAGAGUGCAAGAUUAUAAUUUCUAGCUCGCUUUUUGUUGUAUUUCACUUCUAGCAGGUGAUUAUUUGUCUUUUGUCCUAACAUACUUCUGUACGUGCUGUGAGUUUUAACAAUAGCUACAUAGUAAGAUCCUUACUCACCUGUCUGUGCGUGCUUGUUUGUGUCAGGUGAAGAGGUAGCUCUUCCUAACAUCUCAGUGUGUGUGUGUGUGUGUAUAUAAAAAAAAAAAAUAUAUAUAUAUAGGUUUGCUAUUAAUAGAAAACACAAAGAGUGUUUUGGCACUAUUCAUAGCUCAAGCAAUAAUCCCAGUGUAGUGUAAGGUAUGCGGUGGUCUCAAAAGGUAAAGACUUCGUCUCCCCCUAAGACACACCUAGCAUGCAAGUGUUUGAGGUGAUUGUGCUCAGCAUCAGUGCGCAGAUAGGUGGGGACUUUGGAACCAGCAGUUUGAGAACCUUUUCUUACACUGGUGCAACAUUUAAAACGAAUCUGGUCGAUUUCAUAGCAACUUUUUAAAUGAAUUAUUGUGUUCAUUUUGUAUUAUAGGGCUGUUUUCACUUUAAUGCCUGGAUUGUUUCAAAGAGUGACUUGUUAGGAAUAAAGUCAAGUCUGGUGUGCUGGAGUAUUGAUUACAAACCAUACAAAACUGUCUAAUAAAUAUCACACUUUAUUCUUAAAAAGCUUUGAACAAACAGCCCAUGAGUUGGAGCAUGCUGUAGUUGUUGAUGUUGUUAUUAUUAGUAUUAUUAUUAUUAUUAUUAUUAUUAUUAUGAUUAUUUUAGCAUGGUUUCUUUCCACAGUUGGGUUAAGUCUGAUCUCUCUUGAGUUUUUCAUUUUUCAGAGCAUGAUUUAUAAGUAGAGCAAUCAGACUUUUGAAUUUGUUUUUGUAGCUGUGUGUUUGCCCUCUUUUGGAUGCUAGUGGUGAGAUGCAUGUAAAAAGACAUAUUAAUAUAUAAAUAUGUGGGCUGGUGUUGUCCUGUACUGUGGGUAAUCUAAUCAGCUUGUCAAUCAAUUUGUUUACAAUAAACCAAAAAAAAAAAAAUAUUAUAAAAGAGAGAUUUAAUGUUUAUACAAAGCAAUUAUAUAGGUAAUUUUUUUGACAGUAUUUUUCCAAUACAAAUACUGAGUGUAUUUUAAGAGGCACUAUAUAUAUAUAUAUGUAACUCAAACAAUAGGUAUACUAUUUAAAUAUUAAAUCUAUAAUAUAUAAUCCCAGAUAUUGUACAGAGAGACUUGCUUUCAGCUUGUUGGUUCGCGUGGCAUCUACAAUUCUGCAUUGCAUGGCUCAUCACCAUGAUUCAUAUCAUAUGAAGGGUUCAGACAUUACAAUGAAAAGGCAUGUUUAGAUAGUGAGGCCUUCAGGUCACAAAGGACAGCAGCAAAAUAACAAAGAAUGCAACAUUCAUAGAAACUGAACUGGUACAAAGUAACUUGGGGCAGCUGGGAGAAUUCAAAUCUUUUAACUAGGCAUUAUAGCAGUGCUCGUUUAUGCAAAAGUUUGACUUCUUGUUGGUGAGUUGGUAUUGCUCUGCUUAUUUCCUUUGCUUUCCAGGAGUGAUGUCUAAUGCAGGGCUGUAGUGUCUCACUUCUUGGAGCGGUAAGGUCUUCAGAAAUCUGUAGUUGAUUCUGUUUUCCGAAAACGGAAGGUGAGGAUUGUGAUUGCGAGAUGCAAACUAAUUCUGCUAGGGAAUUGUUUCCUGCCUCAAGACAGUCUGAACAGAGGAUCAUGCCAGAAUGAGUUACCAGUACUCUCCUUGUGAAACCCAUGUUACACCCAGUCCUGGAUUUCACAGUCAGACCCCUGCUAAAUCUACUCUGAGCUGCACUUCUCAUCACGGUAUGAGUAAGUCAGGUCGAAGUCUGUAGGGUUACUAUUUGGAGCUGUUCAGGCUGCUGUAAGGAAGGUAUAAAUAAUUUAACCGGGGUAUGAUUGCACACACCCCUGCGUCCUGAUCAAGUAAAUAAUCCAGCUAAUUGAGGGUAGCUCUGAAACCUGGGACUAGGUGCAGGGCGAGUGUGAGUUUUGUAAUCCCGAUAGCCCUAUCUCGUAUAAAGGAAAUAACUCUGAUUCUGAGUCUGUUCAAGUGCCUUGUAAUUCAGUCAGUCAGUAAUUCAGUGUGAGAGUUGCAUCAUCAAAGCAAACUUGAGUCUUUUACAAAUGGCUUGGAGAGACCCAGAACUUCAGGACUGUCCAGUCUAGCAGUCUCUGACUUUCAUUUUUACCCUUUUAGAGGCUCAAAUAAAAAAAUAUAUAUAUACACACCACUAGACUGCUUCAGCGAGAAGGGUACAUAAAAGAGAAUUUUAGUUUUAUGUGUUGGAUGCUAACCCUGUCCAGCCCAGGUCCUCUUCAUGUCUGUACUUCUUAGUGUUCAACAAUAAACUCUCUACAGUUUCUUCUCUCAAA